AUGUCGUUCCCAUCCUCAAGCUGGUUCCACCAAGGAACAGACCCUGGCACGAUCAUCAGCCUGGAUCAACCUAUCCCUUCGCAGUGGAAAAUCCUCGAGAAGCUCAAUGAGCAUGACUUUCAGGCUGGUGAAGAAAUACGUCAAUACCCUCGCGUCCGCUCUUACGCCGCGGCUAAAUUCCUCUGUUGUGAUCCAAGAAAUCCUUCUAGGAAAGCCUUCCUACGAGUCUAUCUUCAGGUUCCUAUUAAGAACACUGAGAUGCAAGAUCCGAAGACCAGAUCCCGCCAGGCCACAAACUACACGCCCGGAGAGUUAACUGCCCACCAAACGUUCACUCAAAAGGGUUUCAGCAAUGUACCAAUGCUCCUAGGAUACAAGGUCAGCACUCAAAAUGAGUCAGGACUGGUGCCAAAUGGAUUUGCGAUCUGGCUGGCGUGGGAGAUAGUCCCAGGUCUCCGCCUCGGCAUUGACAAGCUUACGGAUAAUUACUGGAGUCUGUCCGCUGUCGAGAGGGAACGUGUCCGUACGGCCUUUAAAGAGGCUCUUCCUCAGGAGCUCGAGAAAGGGUAUGAACCUUAUGUGCCCGGUCUCCCUUACCUUGUCUGGCACAGUCAAACAGGCAACCUUUACUUCAUCGGUUACUUCUACGGCAAGAAAGCCGAACGUAAAGACCUGAGAAACAUCGAGAUCGGUCCUGUGUUCCUAGCGAUGUAUGGCCUCGCGAAACCCUCUUCGGAUGAAUGGGGUGAGGAUGAUUGGAACGGAGAUACCACAGGCUGGAAAUGGUAA